AUGCUCCGAGCAGUGGCCUGGGUCCAACGAGGCCUGUUUCAUCCCUGUGCUGGGCUCAGUGCUGCCCUGGAAAGCAGCAGUGGGAUAGACCAAAAGGGCAUCCUGGCCAAUCGGGUAGCCAUGGUUACGGGGUCCACUAGUGGGAUCGGCUUUGCUAUCGCCUGGCUUCUGGUCCAGGAUGGGGCCCACAUGGUGGUCAGCAGCCGGAAGCCGCAGAACGUGGACCGAGCAGUGGCAGCGCUGCAGGGGGAGGGGCUGAGUGUGACGGGCACCGUUUGCCAUGUGGGGAAGGCCGAGGACUGGGAGUGGCUGGUGGCCACGGCCCUGGAGCAUUGUGGGGGUGUCGACUUCCUGGUGUGCAACGCAGGGGUCAACCCCCUGGUGGGGAGCACCUUGGGGACCAGUGAGCAGGUGUGGGACAAGAUCCUCAAAGUGAAUGUGAAGGCCCCGGCCCUGCUGCUGAGCCCGCUGCUGCCUCACAUGGAGAAGAGGGGGAGGGGUGCUGUCAUCCUGGUCGCCUCCAUUUCAGCUUAUAUUUCACAUGUGGAGCUGGGCGCCUGCAAUAUCAGUAAGACGGCCCUGCUGGGCCUCAUGAGGACGCUGGCGAUGGAGCUGGCCCCCAAGCCCAUCCUGAUGAACUGCCUGGUUCCAGGAAUAAUCAAGACUGACUUCAGCAAAAUAUUACACCAGAAUGAGGCUUUCUGGAACCUAUUAAAGGAAACCCAGAAGGUGCAGAGGAUUGGGCAGCCUGAGGACUGUGCAGGACUCGUGUCCUUCCUGUGCUCUCCAGGUUCCAGCUACAUCACCGCCGAGAGCAUUGUGGUGGCUGGCUUCUCCCCUCGACUCUGA